AUGCCCUGCAGGGGUAGUAGCAACGCAGACUACCAGGAAACCCUAGACGAACUGACUGAAAUCAUAGCAAAAUACAACGUAACUGCCAAUAUAAUUAUAGGCGAUGAUAAGAACGCUUCCCUCAUGAGGAACUCGCCUCAAGACAAAUUAUUUCAAACUUUCAUCACCGAAAAUAACCUCCGUAUACCACAGAUUAACAACACAAGUCCUACUUUCUAUCACCACAACGGCCGAGAUACAUCGCAGAUCGACUAUUUUGCUGAAUCCGGGAAUCUCAUAUCAUCAUACACAAUUUUCGAAAGGGAAGCGUGUAAUACCUCCACCGACGAUCCUAUACUUGUUACAGAACCAUGCGUACUAAAACUACCCAAGGAAGAUACGCAUAAUGCUAACAAACACCCUAAAUCUAGAGUCCUCUGGAGCAAGGUGGAUAAAAUGGCCUACCAACAAGAAAGUGAGAAAAGACUAAGUGAGCUCAUUGAUGACAGUGAAAAUCUUACCAAUGAAAAUUUAUCGGGGUUUAUAGAAAAGUUAAUCAACAUACUAUCAACAUCUGCUGACAACCAAGGAGGCAAGCGCAAGGCAAAGAAAGCAACGGUCGGAAAGAGGACAUGGCCUCCAAAAUUAGCAGAAGCUGCAAAGCAAAGUAAGAUUCACCAUGCCAGAUGGAAAGCUGCAGGAAAGCCAGCUGCUCGAGACAAUAUUCACUACCAAAAUAAACUGCAAUCUAUAAAGAAACUACGAUCGCUACAACGUCAACUUGAGGCAGCAAACCGAACGGACAGAUACAAGCAGUUAAUGGACCUUGACGAGAGAAAUCGUACUGAAUUCUAUCAGCUAAUAAAACAACAAAGAAAUCCAGCCAACAUUGCAACCUCAACCCUUCUGUAUAAAACAAAACUCUAUAAUGACGAUAACAGUAUUUGUAAUGCUUGGGCUGACUACUUUGAGGAGCUAUCUACCCCAAUAUCCCAUAGUGACUUCGACAGUGAUCAUGAGGACUUAGUAACAAAUGACAUUGAGACCUUAACAACAAUGUUUGAGAACCACAACGUCAAAAACUUACCAACCAUAACCUUAGAAGAAGUUUCAAACACCAUAAUGUCAUUCAAAAACGGAAAAUCACCUGACCAGGAAGGUAUAUCGGCUGAACACUUAAAGUAUCGAGGCCCAACACUUACUUCCAUUCUGACAAUCAUCAUAAACUAUAUAUUCAAGAACCUAUAUAUACCGGAUUUCCUGAAAGCUGGCAUAGCUACACCUGUACUCAAAAAAGGAAAGCAAAACACAGAUCCAAACUCGUAUCGUAAAAUAACAGUCACAAACCUUAUCGGGAAAGUAAUUGAGAAGAUACACCUCCAACAUAACAACUCCUUAAUACUGAAACAGCAAUCCAAACUGCAGAAAGGAUUCACGAAAAAUGAAAUGCCAACUGCUGCAGCACUCAUACUUACUGAACUUAUCACUGAAGCAAAUAAAACCCGAUCUCCACUGUACGUUGCACUAAUGGACGCCAAGAAAGCAUUCGACAUCUUAUGGCAUGCUGGGCUAUUACGGGAAAUGUAUAAAUUCGGCUUAACGGGUGACAACUGGACAUUCUUAAGAACUGGUAUGAAGACGUAA